AUGUCGUGGUUAUUCUUCAAAACAGAUCCAGAGGAUAAGCUCCUGUCCAAGCUCUCACCACAGACAAGAGACUACUACAAGUUGCAGAAGAGAGAGCAUGAGUCGUAUCAUGAUAAAGUGACAAACACCGGGUUUAAAGCAUCAAAGGAACAACUCCACCAGUCUUCGCAGGUGAACUGCGCCGAGUAUCAAGAGCAAUUCAUGAGCUGCUUGACCCACGGCCCGUUGAAGGAGAGGAUGCUGGGAUGCCACGAGAAACAACAGCAAUGGGACUCGUGUAUGAGCAAUCAGCUGAAGCUGUUCCACCAAUUGGGGCUGCAGUAUGUUAGGGACAAGGAGAAAUAUCACCAGGGAGUCAUGAUGGCAUACUCGCUCGAUGGCAAGUACGAGGAUGACGAGGCUGUCUUGAAGAAGAGAGACGAGCUUUGGGAGGUGUAG